AUGACGCGAGGCCGAAAGAAAGACAUGACCAUUCCCCCUUCACGCUCUCUUGCACAGCAACGGGCAUAUCGUGACCGCCGGGCCAAGUAUGUCGCCGACCUGGAAGAGCGAUGCCGAGUUGCGGAGGCAGAGAAUACACGUUUGCGCCGAGAGCUCGCCAUAGCAAAGGCAGGCUCUUCUGGAGGGUUUGAUGAAGACAUGAUCAAUGCGUGUUCAGAGCUUAUGGAGCACCUUGGGCGUACGCAGACGACGUUGGCAAGGUUUCAUCAGAUGGCCUCGAGCAUCGCCAAAAUAUCGAGGGUCUCAAACAGGGACAAUAACGUUGCCGAGACUCUCGCCACCUUCUUCUCUCAGACGAUCCCGCAAGGCACCGCAAGCAAUUCACCAGGGAAAAGCUUAGAGCGUGUGCAAGGGACAGCUGAAGUCCUGACGCUUAACGAGAAUUCCGCGCUCUUUUCGGUAGCGGCCUUGACCCCCGCAGGCUCCUAUCACGAGUCAGAAUCGGAAUGCUGUGGCGGGUACAUAGAUUGCGAGGGCCUGGUAGAAGAGGAAGAGGCUGCGCAACCCAUGCAGCAGGAGGAUGAUUUGCACAUGAUCAUAUUACAGCGGCUUUCUGACCGCCGAUCGACUCUACAGAUGUGAACGACAGCGCUGUUUUGGAUUUUUUACGACGUCUGUAGUAUAUGUGUUCAUUUUGGUAUAAAGGAAGAGAUCAACAC